AUGAAUGUAAACAGCAAACUGUAUAAUAACACUGACCUCAGAAAUAUCUUUCUCUCUGAAGUUAGCAUUGGGAUCUCAGCCAACGCCUUCCUCCUUCUCUUCCACAUCCUCACAUUCUUUUUCCAACACAGACCCAGGCCCACAGACCUGCCCAUUGGCUUCUUGGCCCUUACCCACCUGGUGAUGCUGUUGUUCGGAGGGUUCAUGGCCACAGACAUGUUUGGGUCCUGGGGCAUCUGGGAUGACAUCACAUGUAAAGCAGUUGUCUACGUGUACCGGGUGCUGCGGGGCCUCUCACUGUGUAUCACCUGCCUGCUCAGUGUCCUCCAGGCCAUCACCCUCAGCCCCAGGAGCUCCUGGUUGGCUAAGUUCAAACAGACACCCUCCUGUCACAGCCUGGGUUCUCUCCUUCUCCUGUGGGUCUUCUAUAUGGCUGUCAGCAGUCACCACAUAUACACCAUCAUGGCCACCCCCAAUGGGACCUCAGACAGUCUCUUGUACGUCACUGAAUCCUGCUCCUCUUCAGGUCAGUCCUUCAGUCAGCUAUUGGUUGCACUGGUGCCCAUCAGGGACUGCCCCCUCAUAGGGUUCAUGGUGCUGUCCAGUGGCUACAUGGUGACCCUAUUGUGCAGGCACAAGAAGCAGUCCCAACACCUUCACAGCACCAGCCUUUCUCCACAAGCCUCCCCUGAGCUGAGGGCCACGCGCACCAUCCUGCUGCUCAUGGGAUUUUUCAUGCUCCUGUCCACAUUGGACUAUGUCAUCUCCACCUUCAGAUUUAUGUCGAACCAUGACCCAACUAUGUACUGCAUCCAGAUUUUUGUGGCCAAUGGCUAUGCCAUCAUCAGUCCCUUUGUGUUCCUCAGUGCAGAAAAGCGUAUAGUUCCCUUUUGGAAGUUCAUGUCAGGGAGGACAGCUAAUGAGUAA